AUGAAGUCUCUUCCUCUCAAUGUCUGCACUCCUAACAUACCCUCUGCCAUAAUCAACCGCUCAUAUUCUAUCCUUCAUUUCGCAGCCUUGGUAGCCUUGUUCUAUUAUAGACUCUCUUCUCUUCUACUAUCAAAAUCAAAUCCUUCACUUCCUUAUCUUCUAGUCUUUGCCUCUGAGGUGCUGCUCUCUAUUAUAUGGCUUUUUGACCAAGCUUAUGUAUGGAGGCCAGUUUCUCGAACAACUUUCCCAGAAAGAUUACCGGAGGAUGAGGAGCUUCCUGGUAUUGAUGUGUUCAUAUGCACUGCAGACCCCAAGAAAGAGCCACCUCUGGAGGUGAUGAACACUGUUUUAUCAGCUAUGGCACUGGAGUAUCCACCAGAUAAGCUUUCCGUAUAUCUUUCAGAUGAUGGGGGCUCGUCUUUAACAUUGAAAGGAAUGAGAGAGACUUGGUUGUUCGCCAGGUCCUGGCUUCCGUUUUGUAGGAGGUUUGGAAUUAAGACUAGAUGUCCUAAGGUUUAUUUUUCAAGCUUGGAAGAUGAUUAUUCUGGUCCCCUCGAUUUUGUGGAAUAUGAGGAGCAAAAGGAGAAGAUCAAGAGAAAAUACGAGCUGUUUAAAGAAUGUGUCAAUAGAGCAGGAGAAAAUAUUGAGAGUGAAGAUGCAAGGACUACGAGCAACAAAGGUCAUCCUCCGGUAAUUGAGGUUAUAGACGAUGAACCUCAAAAUGAUGCUGGAAUAAAACAAGCCAAAAUGCCUCUUCUUGUCUAUGUUUCUCGUGAGAAAAGGCCUUCUCAUUCUCAUCAUUUCAAAGCUGGAGCACUUAAUGUUCUUCUUAGGGUCUCUGGUAUCAUGACCAACUCGCCUUACAUAUUGGUACUAGAUUGUGACAUGUACUGUAAUGACCCAAAAUCUGCUAGGCAAGCAAUGUGUUUCCACCUUGAUCCGAAAAUUUCUCCCUCGCUGGCUUUCGUUCAAUUCCCUCAGAAAUUUCAUAACAUCAACAAGUAUGACAUCUAUGAUGGGCAGCUGAGAAAGCUAUUCGUGAUAAGGUGGCCAGGAAUUGAUGGGCUUCAGGGACCAAUUCUGUCCGGCACUGGGUUUUACAUGAAGAGAGAAGCAUUAUAUGGCAAUCUUUCACAGAAAGAUGUCCUGCAUCUAAAACAAUCUUUUGGACAUUCGAAUGAGUUUAUCAUGUCGGUUCACAAAAUCUAUCAGCAUAGUGCCAUCAAGUAUACAGAAUCAUCAAGCAAACUUCAACAAGAGGCCCAAUUUUUAGCCUCUUGCAUCUAUGAGAAAAACACACUAUGGGGCGAAGAGAUGGGUUUCUUGUAUCAUUCUGUAGUCGAGGAUUACUUUACUGGGUUCAUCUUGCAUUGCAAAGGGCAAACUUCUGUUUUCUGUAAUCCUUCAAAGCCCGCAUUCUUGGGCAGCUCUACCACAAAUUUGAGUGACUUGCUAGUUCAAGGCACGAGGUGGAACUCUGGGUUGUUUGAAGUUACACUCUCAAAGUUUUGCCCUUUCAUUUAUGGCAUAUUGAGAAUGCCAUUACUUCAAACCAUGUGCUAUGGCUACCUUGCACUUCAGCCUCUCUAUUUCUUGCCCUUGUGGUGUUUAGCUACGCUGCCUCAACUUUGUCUCCUGAAUGGGAUCCCCAUGUACCCUCCGAGAAAGUCUGUGAUGGAGCGACACUGCUGGCUUUUCACCAUUGUUUGUGGAAACACUGCAAGUGAAGGCCAGUAUUUCUUCAUUUCUGGGUGCAAGGGUAUAACUGUUUUGCUAGUUCAAGGGGCUCUAAAAUUCAUUUGUCUUCCGGAACAGGUUUCGUCUUCAUGGUUUCUGGUCUAUUCGUUCAUUUUUCUAGCUUCUCUCUUGAAACAUUUAGAAGAGGUCCUCUCCACUGGAGCCUCAAUCCAGACCUGGAUAAAUGAGCAGCGCAUUUGGAUGAUAAAGUCAGUUACUGCGUACACAUAUGGUAGUUUAGAUGCUAUCUUGAAAUGCAUUGGCAUGAGAGAAGCCAGUUUCCUGCCAACAAAUAAGGUAGCAGAUGAUGAACAAGUUGCAUUGUAUCAAAUGGGAAAAAUGAAUUUCCAAGCAGCGACGGUGAUACUUACGCCAAUUGUUACUUUAGUAAUCCUGAACAUGGCUUCCUUCUUUUGGGGAGCUGCUAGGAUGGUCAUUGCAGGAAGUUGGAAUGAGACGUUUGGACAAGCAUUCCUAUCAUUUUACAUAUUGGUGGUAAACUACCCUGUAAUUGAAGGAAUGCUAUUGAGGAAGGAUAAAGGACGUGUUCCAACUCCAGUUACCGUAUUGUCUCUUGUAAUCACCAUUUGCUUGUUGUGCUUGGGACAUAUGGCUCUAAAUUGUUAA